AUGGGUACAUUAUCCUGGCAUGAUUAUGGAUAUGUUGUUUGAGAUCUCUCUCUCUCUCCUAACCCCUCUUUCUUUCUCUCUCUCUCUGUAGAUGGAUGAGAGAUAGAUAAAUAAAAAAGUAGAUAGAUAGACAGCAAAUAGAUAUGUGUGUAUAUAAUAUUCACACACCCAAAUUUAUGUACAAGUAAUGUUGAGAUUGUAUUUCUCAGACUUUAUACAACAUAGAUUUACUGAUUAACUGGGCAAAAUAAAAAUUAGGUGAAAUAAAAAUUGUGAUGGUGAUGAUUUCGACAACAAAAAUAAUGACGUUGAUGAUGUGAGGUCUUUUUUUUUCCCCAGAUAUACAAAAUAUGUUUUUCUGCCAUUAUCAUGAUCACAUCUUCCAUUUAUGUUACUGUUAAAAUAUGCCAGUUUUUACAAGUUGGUAUUGGAGUCUCAGCCAACUUCUUCCUCCUUCUCUUCCACAUCUUCAUGCUCCUUCUGGAUCACAGGCCUAAGCCCACUGACCUGAUCAUCUGUCACUUGUCCUUUGUUCACGUAAUGAAACUCUUUACUGGGCUGUUUUUAUUGUCUGCAGAAGUGUUGGGAUCACUGAACUCUAUAAAUGAUUUUGAAUGUAAGGCUUUAUUCUGCAUGGGCAGAGUAACAAGGAGUCUCUCCAUCUGCACCACCUGCCUCCUGAGUGUGAUCCAGGUCAUCACCAUCAGCCCCAGCACCUCCUGGUUGGCCAGGUUUAAAUAUAAAUGCACAAAACACAUCUUCCAUUCUUUUCUCAUCUUAUGGUUUCUCAGUUUGUCUCUCAGUAGUAACUGCAUCAUCUAUUCUGUGGCAUCUUUUAAUGUGACCCAGACCGAUCUACUGAAUGUCAGUAAAUACUGCUCACUUUCUCCCAUGGACCCCAUCAUCAGGGGACUGAUUUUAACAUUGACAAUAGCCAGGGAUGUCUACUUUGUCGGACUCAUGGUGCUCUCAAGUUCAUACAUGGUGAUUCUCCUGACCAGGCAUCAGAGGUGUUGCCAGCACCUUCACAGCACUAGCUUCUCAAGAGCCUCCCCAGAGAACAGGGCCACCCAGACUGUCCUGUUGUUGGUGAGUUUCUUUGUGGUCGUGUACUGGAUAGACAUCAUCACCUCAUUGUCCUCAACUGUGUUAUGGAAUUAUGACCCAGUCAUCCUGGAUUUCCAGAAGCUUCUGUCCAAUGUCUAUGCCACUGUCAGUGCUUUGGUACUUAAUUAGUUCUGAUAAAAGGACGAAAAUGUGUUUCAAAAGUGUGGAAAAAUUACAAACAAUUUAUAACUACUUAUUCAUAAGAUAGAUAUCCAAAAAGAUGAUUAUUUGGCCUUUAUUCAAAUGACAUGGUAUUUACUUAAAUAACAUUUAAAAUUUAAUUUUAAUUUAAUUGUAAUUUAAAAUUAUAUUUUAAUUUAUCUAAAUAUUUUUGAAACCGUGAUGCAUCAGUCCUCCAGUUUCUUUAGUUUACUAUCAAAGAGAUUCAAUAUUCCCAUAUGUUUGUAAUUUCCAUUCUAAAACUCCCUUAAGGAAAAUUUUCUCUCCAUACAAAGAAAAAAUUUCCAAAGUACUGUUCUUGUACUUUGGUUCAAUAUUGGUAUUACCUAUUGGCAAUGCAAUAUUUUCUUGAAAACUAACUUAUUCUUUUUAUUUCAAGAUAUUUAGCUACGUACUCAAUUUUAGUUGAAUAAUAGUCUCUCACUGCACUCUAUAUUUAUUUCUUUGUAUUCUGGCUUCUAGUAAGGCUGCAG